CAGCUAUAAGAGAGAGAGAAAAAAAUAUCCAGCAAUGGCACCCCGCAUACGACUGACUAUAUCAAAGCCUCUCCCAACCAUCUGUGAAACCCAGGAGGAAAUUUUAGAAGAUGUAACCAGCAAUGCGAAAGGCUCUGGGAGCUUCUCUAUCGACUCAGAUUCUUGUUCCAGCGACUACUACCUUCAAUCUAUCUGCCAUUUAGCAAGACCCACCUUCCCACUGCUCCCUGAAAACAACUGUGUGUUCCAAGACAAGAAGGUAUUAGAAACACUCCAAAGAGUGUCCUGGUUCCCCAAGCUGGCAGUGGCACAGCACAUCAUUCCAAAGUGCAAGCUGACCAACAUCUUCUCAGACAUAAUGUCUUUAGAAAAAGUUAGUUUAGUACUUGACAAUGCAAAGCUAUACCCCUGUACCAGGGCUGACCCACUGGAACAGUUGUACGCACAAGCGGAGAAGACACGAUGCUACAGGGGUUCUGUUUAUGGUGAAAGCUCUGGCACAGAUGACACACAGCGUAGCCUUUUCAGCCCUUGUGAUACGAGGAGGGGGGAUGCAAUUCAUCCAUCCACCUCUCAAGAAAAGACAGAGAAAGAAGAUCUAGCUGGGGUAUUCAGUUUUCCAAGGCUUCCCUCUCCAAGGCCAAUAGAGAGAGAAAAUAGCUUCCCAGAGCAGAAGUGUCUGAAGAGCAAUAAGAUAAUGGCCGUUCCUGAAAACGAUCAAACUCAGAAAGAAAAUUGCACCAUAUUCAUUGAUGGUAAAUGGAUAUGGCCACACCCACCAAGACAAACUGCAGGGAAACAAGGUUUUGAGCUGCCCUCUACGAAGACAACGUGUCGUGUUCAAAACAGCAGGUGGCACUGAAAAAGAAGAGCUGAAAUCUUCUAGCUAUCAGAAAACUGUGACGGGAGAUAUUCUUAAUAAGCAACGUUACCCACAGUGCUUUCAUGUAGAUAAAAAGGCCAUGAUCCACAGCUGGAUGUCUGAGUGCAAGUGUGCCUGGAAAGGGGCAAAGGUUAAAGCUUGCCUGCUUCCCGCCAUCGCAGAAAUAUGAAAGAAGUGAUGCUGAGCAGCUCCAUCUUUUGCAAGAAAUUGUGGCCACUGCUAUCUUAAAUUUCUCCCUGCUACCUGUUUGCAUUGUGCAGAGAAGAGGGGUGCAGUAUACAUGUUUACAAUGAAACAGAUACAUUUGUGACCCAUUACACCUCUCACCUAUGUGCAAACAGGCAAUACAUCUACUAACGUGGCCAUGCUUUAAAGGAGAGCUCUAAAGACCAAACUAUUGAUUCAGCUCUCAGAUAUGCAUGCAUUUGUAACAGCUUCUCUCCUCAGCUCAGCAACUCCUUUUGCACAUGCCUGCCUGUGCUCUGAGAACAGCUGUAAUAAUAUGUGCCUCUACAUCAGAGAUGGAGGUAUCAGUCAGGUACACUAAAAAGGGGAAACGGCUAUUUAGAAGUGGGAUGUGUAAUCUGUAGGAGCAUCAAGCCAAUGAUGGUUUACAGCACAUGCCAAAAUUGGCACGUCACAAUCCUGGAUGUAUUCACUCUGCAAGGAAACUCCUGCAGGAUGCUUAGACAGCACUAUAUGUGCGUUCUGACACAAGUGCAGUUCUGAGAGAGGCUGGUCAGCCUCACUGCUAACAUCUCAUUUGACAGCUGGCGGGUUAAACAUUUCAACAUGUAAAUGCCCUAAAAGCGAUGCAGUCUCAUUGAUAAACUCAAUCCGUUAGCAUGCAAGGUGGAAAAUACAAAAACCUCCUUGGGCAGAACUCUCCUUGUGUGUACAAUUAACUUCACUAGAAGCAUGUUUGAUUUAUGCUGGCAAGGGAGAAGAAUCAGGCACUCCAUGUGCAGAAGCCUGUCCAGUAACAUACCGAUGCUUGUCUUGUGUUGCUAUUCUUGUAGUUUAGUGAAAACUGUCUGCUUUUUCACUGCUAUUACGGAUUCAAGUGAAUUUCCAGCAGCCCAGGUACUGGCAUUCUCUUCAGAGUUAUGCUCUUCUCUGCCUCUGCAUACUAAGUUUUUGAUUAUGCUUUUCCACUGAUACUUAAAAGCUAUCUCACACACACACAAUCCCACUGUUUAAGAUGUAGAGAACAAAUAGAUUGCAAACAGAUUCUGCAACCUGACUGCACUCUAGAAUGCAUAGUGUUGUACAGAGACAGCAUAGUCUAGUGAUUAAAGCAGACGAUUGAAAGUCAGAGAAUCCUGUGUGAGGUCCAACUCUGCUAGCGUAGCAGCGAUAGCAUGGGCUGACCAUUCUGCGUACAAAUCCUCCCAGACCCUGCCCUGGGUAAUUACUCAGGGUUGCUAGCCCCUGCCCGUGCUAUUGAGGGUACAUCACUUUUUUUUAGCAUGCUAGCUUGAUAAGAGCUAGCGUGAGUAUGUCUCAUGGAGCCGGGUGUGUAAUUCACUGCUCAAAGGGUAAAUGUAGCCUCACUGUGUUGCCUUGGGCAAGUUAAUUUCUGUGCCUGUCUCCUCACCUAUAUUGUGAGGCUAAUAAUACUGACUUACUUUUGCGUGAAGUGCUGAGAGAGCCAAGGAGGAAAAGCUCUUUGUAUGUGGCCUGUCUCUCUCCAGGUACACUGAACCCUACGGUAUAUACAAAGUGAUCCAUCUUUUGUUAACGUUACAUCUGCAAUGAUGCCAGUGAGAGAGAGAGAGGCUGAGUCAUGAAUCUGGAUUUCCCCUGAGACAGAGCACAAACCAGGAGGCCACCACUAAAUUAUCCACGUUGGAGACAUGGAAGAGGCAUAUGAAAAAUGACUGACCCCGUGAGUGUGCAAUGCACGUGCAUUUUAACCAUGAAAGUGGUCAGGGAUGUCUAUGGUUCAGUCAACAUUUUAAAAACAAAUGUCGAGGCAGUUUAAAAUAAACUCCUUUCUAUUUUAAUCCUCCUUUAAAUUACAGCUAUUUAUUGUGGUGAAAUUUAGAUUUAGUUACUUUGUGCAGGUGAGCAUCUAAACGGAUAUAAGGGGACGCAAAUGACUGCUUGAGAGGAUUGCAGGAGUACUUAGCGACUUAGAGGUGAGAAAACCUCCACAAACAACCAACUCAAUUAUAGCUCCACCAUUUAAAGGGUUGUGAACAGACUUAAAACACACAUUUCAUUACUCACAGAAAGAUGCACAUCUUACUCCAUAACCAGUGGAAAAAUGUAGGGGGAAAUGUCUGCAAAAUAUUACUAGUAGCGAAUCAGUUUUCAGACAGAAGAACAAGUUGAAAAACCUGUGUGUGCUGCUGAAACUUAAAAGAGAACUGUUUAUGGAUUACAAAGGUGUAAUCAUGAAAGAUGCUCUGAGGCCAUUUCUGAAAAACCCUGGUUAGAUUAAAGCAAGGGCGCAGUUUCUCAUCAGCACCUACUGGUUAGUAGGUAAGUUUGAAGCUGUUGACUCCUCACCUUUCUGACCCAUAUAGACCCUGAUUUUUUUUUGCAUUCCACUACAGCAUGAUAAGUGAAAAGCUUCUCAGUUCAACAGCUUAAUUUUCUUAAAUGUAUGACUUCGUCACAUGGAAGAUCCCCAGUAGCCAAGGGGAGAGAGGUUUUAGAGGAGUAAAGGAUAUCAUCUCUAGCUUUUACAAUUCACAGAACAAUGGUGAAUAACUGGAAGGCUGCCUGCCUGCCUCGUUUCCUCUUUGUGCUUUGCUCCCUUCUGCAUGUGUUAACUGUUCUCUUGAGGCCCCAUCUGGAGUGAAAGGAUGCUGUGUCCCCCUCUUCCCCUCAUAAUUACCCUCCAAGUAAAUAUUUAUGAGGCUGCAAUGCCUAGCAAAUCUGUGCCUAUUGUAUGUACCACCAAUAGACAGAAAUGUGUUUAUGCU